GACAGUCAAUCUAGUAUCGACACAGUCGACAUUUGUGUCGACCUACCGAGCCCCCUAUUGGAAACACACGGAUGCUACACAGGCGUUCGCUAGCGACCCCGCAAUGAGGGAUUUAUAAUCAUAUUUAUGAUAAUUCCCGAUGAACCAUCAUGGUGUUGUGAAACUUAGCGUUACAAACGCCUUUUAACCGACGACAUGGCCGCGACACGUUAGCUCACAAAGGGCUGCAGCUAGCGUGCUAACGUUAGCCACCGUGCUAGCAUCGAUCAAAGCAGAUCUUUGACACAAAACAAAACAAACACAAAAAAAAGUGUCCGGUAGGAGUUUUUGUUUGGUUUUGUUUAGGUUUGCUGCGUCAAAAGGAGCACAAUGGAGGAGAUCAAGACAGAACCUGUGGAUUUUGUGAGGGAAUUCCAAGAAUACCUGACCCAGCAGACCCAGCAUGUCAACAUGAUCUCAGGGUCCAUCUGUGAGGAGAAGGAUCCAGUUGGUCCGAGGAGCGAGCAGAACGGCGUGGACCCAGCAUCCGUGGAGGUGAGCCUGCCCCUGGAGGAGGGGUCCGAGGUGCAGAUGGACGGUCUGGAGAGGACGUGUGACGGGAAGUACAAGUGCAGCUUCUGCAGCUAUGCCAACAAAGGCAUGGCUCGUCUGAUUGAGCACAUCCGCAUCCAUACAGGAGAAAAGCCUCACCGCUGCCAGCUGUGCCCGUUUGCCUCGGCGUACGAGCGCCACCUGGAGGCCCACAUGCGCUCGCACACCGGCGAGAAGCCGUACAAGUGCGACCUGUGCGCUUUCCGCUGCAGCGACCGCAGCAACCUGUCGCAUCACCGCCGCCGGCGCCACAAGCUGGUGCCCGCUCGGGUGGCGCGCCCGCCCUUCGCCAGCAAACGAGGUCUGGCCACACUCCAGAAGAGGACCGGCUCGCUGGGUUUCGGCCGGCGCCUGCUCAUCAACUUCAGCCCGCCGCCCGUGCCCGUGCCCAAGCUGGACUACGCCGACGAGCUGCCGCACCAGCAUCACCACCACAUGCCAACCGGCGAGCCCAGGAACCCCCCCCGGGUGUUCCAGAACGACUUCAACAGAGGCGCUAACGGCCUGUCGUUCGACAACCCGCUGGAGCAGCUGGCGUCGCUCCAGCCGCUCGACCCCGAGGCCUCUCAAGUAUCGCCCGGCACGGAUGAGAAGCCCAUCGUGAUACAGGAGGUGACGGGGGCGCGGGCCGCGCCGUGCCACAACGGCGUCCAGACUCGAACGCCCAAAACGGAACACCCCGCCUCAGACCGCAGGAGCCCCGCGUCGGCGCACGGCUUGGACGCGAACGACGCCGCCUUGUGUGUCAGCAACAGCCGGCCCGGCACGCCGCUCACCGCCACGCCGCUCACCGAGGACCCGCAGAGGUGCCCGCACUGUGACAUCCAAUUCCCCGACAACGUCCUGCACACCAUCCACAUGGGCUGCCACGUCUACGAGCACCCCUUCCGCUGCAACAUCUGCGGGCACACGUGCACGGACAAGUACGACUUUGCCUGCCAUUUCGCUCAAGGACAACACAAGAAGUGACUUUUUAAAUAUUCAAACGUUUUGUUGCUUCAGCCCACGUCUGUCUGGAGAGUUUAAAAAAAAAAAAAAAGGUAGCUACUGUAUAUCUGCAAACAGACGCCUGGUGCUCUCUGCAGUUGAGUACAGCGGAACCUCGUUUUACGAACCUAUUUGGUUCUUGAAUAGUGUUCUUAAAUCAAAAAGUAUGUGUAGUGAAGCAAAUUUGUCCAUAAGAAACAAUGUAAAUAUGAAUAAUGGGUGGACAAAAGUCCAUAUUUUAGUGCAGGUUUGUACACUUUGAGCACAAUAAUAGGUGAUAUACAGUAAUAAUAGGUGAUAUACAAUACUGUAUAUCAUAACAAGGAGGUGAUAAAUCACUAUCUAAAAAAACGACAAGUUCAACUGUCCUGUAUGCACUGCACUGCCAACACACACAAGUUCCAUUGGUGCCCUCACAAACGAUCAGAAAGCACACAAAUCCUUAACUUUUAACAACCAUAUUGCUACAAUAAUAACAUAAAAAAAAUCCACUUACAGCACAUUGCAUACUUAAAUAAUAAUGCUCAUUGUGAUUAACAUCAGCAAAGAUGGCAGGCACAAGACAGUAAAACAACGUUGACAACUUGCUGAAUUAGGUCCUGACGUUGAGCAACUCAAACCUAACGUUGGAACAACAUGCUUUUUGACAACGUUUAAUCAAUGUUGGGUUCCGAGUUCUGGCGUUGAUUUGGCCGUUGAAUUUUGGUCGUUUCCCACCCAAUAUUUCACAACACAAAUACAACGUUGAAACAACAUGCUCUUUGACGACGUUUAUUCAAUGUCAGGUUGUGACGUUGAUUUGACCAUUGAAAUGUAGUCAUUUAUAAACCAAUAUUUUACAACACAAAUACAACGUUGAAACAACAUGCUCUUUGACAACGUUUAAUCAAUGUCAGGUUGUGACGUUGAUUUGGCCAUUGAAUUUUGGUCGUUUCCCACCCAAUAUUUUACAACACAAAUACAACGUUGAAACAACAUGCUUUUUCAUGUCAUUUAUUCAAUGUCAGGUUGUGACGUUGAUUUGACCAUUGAAAUUUAGUCAUUUUCAAACCAAUAUUUUACAACACAAAUACAACGUUGAAACAAAAUGCUUUUUGACAACGUUUAAUCAAUGUUGGGUACUGAGUUCUGACGUUGAUUUGAUCAUUGAAUUUUGGUCAUUUCCCACCCAAUAUUUUACAACACAAAUACAACGUUGAAACAACAUGCUUUUUCAUGUCAUUUAUUCAAUGUCAGGUUGUGACGUUGAUUUGACCAUUGAAAUUUAGUCAUUUUUAAACCAAUCUUUUACAACACAAAUACGUUGAAACAACAUGCUUUUUGACGUCAUUUAUUCAAUGUCAGGUUAUGACGUUGAUUUGACUGUUGAAUUUUGGUCAUUUCUAAACCAAUAUUUCACAACACAAAUACAACGUUGAAACAACAUGCUUUUUGACAACGUUUAAUCAAUGUUGGGUUCUGAUUCUGACGUUGAUUUGACCAUUGAAAUUUAGUCAUUUUUAAACCAAUCUUUUACAACACAAAUAAGUUGAAACAACAUGCUUUUUGACGUCAUUUAUUCAAUGUCAGGUUAUGACGUUGAUUUGACCAUUGAAAUUUGGUCAUUUCUAAACGAAUAUUUUACAACACAAAUUCAACGUUGAAACAACAUGCUCUUUGUGUUGAUUUGACCAUUGAAAUUUGGUCAUUUCCCACCCAAUAUUUUACAACACAAAUACAACAUUGAAACAACAUGCUUUUUGACGUCAUUUAUUCAAUGUCAGAUUGUGACGUUGAUUUGACCAUUGAAUUUUGGUAAUUUCUCACCCAAUAUUUUACAACACAAAUACAACGUUGAAACAAAAUGCUUUUUGACAACGUUUAAUCAAUGUUGGGUUCUGAGUUCUGGCAUUGAUUUGACCAUUGAAAUUUGGUCAUUUUUGAACCAACAUGCUCUUUGACGACGUUUAUUCAAUGUCAGGUUGUGACGUUGAUUUGACCAUUGAAAUUUAGUCAUUUAUAAACCAAUAUUUUCCAACACAAAUUCAACGUUGAAACAACAUGCUUUUUGUCAAUGUUUAAUCAAUGUUGGGUACUGAGUUCUGACGUUGAUUUGACCAUUGAAAUUUGGUGAUUUCUAAACCAAUAUUUUCCAACACAAAUUCAACGUUGAAACAACAUGCUUUUUGUCAAUGUUUAAUCAAUGUUGGGUUCCGAGUUUUGGCGUUGAUUUGGCCAUUGAAUUUUGGUCGUUUCGCACCCAAUAUUUCACAACACAAAUACAACGUUGAAACAACAUGCUUUUUGACGAUGUCUAAUCAAUGUUGGGUUCUGAGUUCUGACGUUGAUUUGACCAUUGAAAUUUGGUCAUUUCCCACCCAAUAUUUUACAACACAAAUACAACGUUGAAACAAAAUGCUUUUUGACGUCAUUUAUUCAAUGUCAGGUUGUGACGUUGAUUUGACCAUUGAAAUUUGGUCAUUUUUAAACCAAUAUUUUACAACACAAAUACAACGUUGAAACAACAUGCUUUUUGACGACGUUUAGUCAAUGUCAGGUUGUGACGUUGAUUUGACCAUUGAAAUUUAUCCAUCCAUCCAUUUUGUACCGCUUAUUCCCUGUAUAAACCAAUAUUUUACAACACAAAUACAACGUUGAAACAACAUGCUUUUUGACGACGUUUACUCAAUGUCAGGUUGUGACAUUAAUUUGACCAUUGAAAUUUGGUCAUUUCUAAACCAAUAUUUUACAACACAAAUCAACGUUGAAACAACAUGCUUUUUGUCAACGUUUAAUCAAUGUUGGGUUCUGAGUUCUGGCUUUGAUUUGAUCAUUGAAAUUUGGUCAUUUUCCCACCCAAUCUUUUACAACACAAAUACAACGUUGAAACAACAUGCUUUUUGACAAUGUUUAAUCAAUGUUGGGUACUGAUUCUGACGUUGAUUUGACCAUUGAAUUUUGGUCAUUUCCCACCCAAUAUUUUACAACACAAAUACAACGUUGAAACAAAAUGCUUUUUGACAACGUUUAAUCAAUGUUGGGUUGUGACGUUGAUUUGACCAUUGAAAUUUGGUCAUUUCCAAACCAAUAUUUUACAACACAAAUAAAACGUUGAAACAUUAUGCUUUUUGACGUCAUUUAUUCAAUGUCAGGUUGUGACGUUGAUUUGACCAACAACGUGGAUCCAACGUUAGACAUCAACGUUGUCUCAGUUUACAAAUACAACUAAUUUUGCAACAUUGUUUAGAAGUCCGUUUUAAAAAACAAAUAUGUAUAAUCAACGUUGUAUCAAUGUCUUGUGCCUGCUGGGAGGGAGCUGAACAACAGGUAGUCUGCGUUCGCAUCUUUUUUCCAAAAAAGUCAGUUUACAUUACAAUUAAAAACUUGCUGUAACACAAAAAUGGUUUCCUCAAUCUCUUCAAUACGAGCAAGCAGAAAACGGCUGCCAAAAUGAACGUGUUCGUACACAGACACAUGGUUCGCACACAGAGGCAUGUUUGGCGCGAUCUUAAAAGUUCACAAACCGAAAAGUUCGUACAUAGAGGGGUCUGUAAAUCGAGGUUCCACUGUAUCUUAACACUUUGAGGAAAUAGUCUUUCUAAGGUGUGACCUACAGUUUACAUGCCACUGUAAGUUCUACUCAAAGCUACGCGCUUUCGAUUUCUCCUGGGUGAGCCUGAUUGAAUGCAGCUAGUAGUUUCUCCUUGCCAGCAUACCAGACUUAUUGAGGAGUGGUGUCCUGAUCCCAUAUUGAUAUCAGUCCGAUACAAGCGUGUUGACUUGUGCAAAUAUGGACAGCCAGUUGACAUCUAAAUGUCCUCCAACGAGCACACAGGGUUGGACUUAUCCUUCUAUUUUAGUCAAGAGGUAAACAUGUUAGGCUAUAGGCCAGGGGUCACCAACCUUUUUGAAACCAAGAGCUACUUCUUGGGUAGUGAUUAAUGCGAAGGGCUACCAGUUUGAUACACACUUAAAUAAAUUGCCAGAAAUAGCCAAUUUGCUCAAUUUACCUUUAACUCUAUGUUAUUAUUAAUAAUUAAUGAUAUUUACACUUAAUUGAACGGUUUAAAAGAGGAGAAAACACGAAAAAAAAUGACAAUUAAAUUUUGAAACAUAGUUUAUCUUCAAUUUCGACUCUUUAAAAUUCAACCGAAAAAAAGAGGAGAAAAACUAGCUAAUUCGAAUCUUUUUGAAAAAAUUAAAAAAAGAAUUUAUGGAACAUCAUUAGUCAUUUUUCCUGAUUAAGAUUAAUUUUAGAAUUUUGAUGCCAUGUUUUAAAUAGGUUAAAAUCCAAUCUGCACUUUGUUAGAAUAUAUAACAAAU